AUAUGGAUGGACGGACAAUACACUAUUUUGGGUCGUUAACGUUGGAAAUAUCACAGGAUUUUUAUCAGUUUUGUUCGGAGUAUAUCUGGUUGACUGUAAAGGUAUUCGUAUCGCAAUGAUUGUUUGUACGGUCACAAUGGCGGUUGUCACAGUAACGAGGAUAAUUACACUACAACAUCAGGCUGCAACAAUAUUGAUUGCCAUUGGUCAAGGCUUAAAUGGUAUAGCCACUAGUGUAACCAUGUGUAUCCCAACUGUUGUAUCAAAAACAUGGUUCAAGGUCACAGAGAGGACUACUGCAACAGCUGUUUCUGCUCUUGCCGCGGCAUUAGGUGCUGCUGCAGCUUAUUUAUUUGGUCCGUUGACAGUUUCGAUGCCAAAGUUAAAUGGAACAAGCGUUAUUCUGAAUGAAACGGACACAUCACUUAUUGAAUCUCAAAUGAUGAAACUACACUAUACGUCUUUCGGGUUUGCAAUAUUUCUGAUGCUAUGCUGCAUCGUGUACCUUCCAUCGGCACCAAAAACCGCUCCAAGCAAAACUGCGAGUACAGGUCGGUACGGACUAAAGGAGGGAAUUACAAAACUAGUAAAAAACCCAUCCGUAUGGAUUCUAGCGUCAAUGUAUUCUAUCCCCGUGGGAUUUUAUGGAAACUUGUCAUCAAUAUUAGAUGUCGUACUUAGUCCAUAUGGCGUCUCACAGACAGAUGCUGGCUGGAUGAAUUUCUAUGGAUCGAUUUCUGGUGUUGUCUGUGGAAUUGCUCUUGGCAGGUUUGCUGAUCAUGUCCAGAAGAAGACAAAGUUGUUUAUAACAGUGUUGUAUAUUUGUGUGGCUGUUGACUUUUCCUUAUUUACAUGCAUGUGUGUUGAUAUUCUGCCAAAGUCAAAAGAGGCAUUUUAUGCAACUGUAAUUAUUGGAAAUGCCCUUAUUAGUAGCAGCAUGCCACUGUUUCUAGAGAUAACAUGUGAAACAGCGUAUCCUGUUGGAGAAGGCGUCAUUGCAGGCUUUCUUGGUAUGAUUGUUAAUCUAGGAGCAACAAUCUUCAUGUGUAUAGAACUUAUUCCUAAUAUUGAAACCGGGUGGGCAAACUGGGCUCUUGUUGGUGUUUAUAUUUUAGCUGUGCCACUGAUGGCGUUGCAUAAAGCAGAAUAUAAAAGAAUGGACAUUGACAUGAUUAAAGACAAGUCAGUGCUAUGAAUGAAUAUCACAAGCACAGUACAAUUAGAAUAUUAUAUCGUACAAACAUUUGUUAAUGCCGCUGAUUGUGUAAAAAUAAUCAAAAACAUACUAAAAAUAUCAUAUGUUUAAAACUAAAGGCAAUGAAGUGUGUAAUGAUUAUAAAACGGAAUACUCCGGAUGGGUUAAAUAAAUCUUUAAACUCAUAACCUUUGCAUUACGAGAAAUGUGUACAUAUUCACAAGUCAUGUAAAAAAAAUUGAAUGUAUUAUGAAAAAUAUGUCAAAAUUUACUACUUUUAUCACCAAAGUUCUACCCUAUAACUGGCGGAGUAAGAAAAAUAUUUGCAUAUUUUGAGGAAUUAAAGGUGAUAUUAGUUGGUAGUGGGUACAUAAAGCUAGGUUUAGGC